CUUGGCUCGGAAGUGGAUUGAGAGAAACAAUGCAGAUAAAUGAAGACAGAAAACCAGUAUCGCCCCCUGCUGGCCAGAUGCAGGGGACUUGGUUAACUGUAUCUGAGGAGGAGCAGGUGGGCGUGGAAGCAGUUUACAGGCAUGAGGGCAGCGGCUGAUCUCACCUGGCUUCAUUACGAAGCGAAGCCUCAUGCAGAGAGGUUGAUCCAUCCACAUGGAGCGUCUUCAGGUGUGGGGAUUUCUCAGCCUCUUCGUCGUCACCGUCGCCCAGAACAGCAGCCUGGACCCUCAGCCCUCCUACCUGCUGCUGGCGCCCAGGCUCCUCCGGCCCGGGGUUCCUACAUCGCUGUCGGUCUCCAUCCUGACCGGUUCAAAGGUCACUGUGUCCGCUCACAUCGUCCACGGCAACCAGACUCUGACCUCCAACUCCACAGAGAUCCAAGGAGGCUCGACCGGGCUGCUGGUUCUUCAACCUCUUCAGGUUGAAAACAGCGAGUCUUCUGACUGGUCCCCGUUCCGCCUGGAGGUUUACGGCGAAACGGACGGAGUCCAGGUUUUCCGGAACUCCACAGACCUGCGACUGGACCCCAGAUGCCUGUCCACCCUCAUCCAGACGGACAAGCUGAACUACCUGCCAGGGCAGAAAGUGAAGAUCAGAGCCGUGUCCAUUGACUUCAGUGGGAGGCCGUUCAUCAGCCCCGUGGACAUCGUCAUCAGAGAUCCCAGAGGAAACAUGCUCAGACAGUGGCUGGAUCUGAGCGGCGUCCUCGGCGUCGUGUCCAAAGAGUUCCAGCUGUCGGAGAACCCUCCUCUGGGUCAGUGGACCAUCCUCACCACAGUCAAAGGAAUUUCCACUGUGAAGAAUUUCGUUGUGGCUCAGUAUGUGCUGCCAAAGUUUGAGGUAGUGAUAAACGUCCCGGAUGUCAUUUAUCAGCAGGAUCCUCUGCAGGGCUCCAUCACAGCCAAGUACACAUAUGGAAAACCUGUCCAGGGACGCAUGAGUGUAACAUUCAUUCAUCAUUUUCUGGGUAAUAAUGAAGUUAACACUAUGGACAAAGAGAUUGACGGCACUGAAGACUUCUCAUACAUGGUCUCUGAUGAGAAAAUCACGUCUCUCACAAUUGUGGCUAAUGUGACUGAACAUCUCACGGGUCUGUCCUAUAACAGCACAGCAAUGGUUACUUUGGCAAAAACCAAAUACAAAGUAACCUUUGACUGUUACCCAAAAAUACUGCGACCCUUGGGUUUCACCGCUAGGCUGCAUAUAUCUACAUACGAUGGUCGACCACUGUCGCCUGAGGACCAGCAGAAAAUGGUUCAAGUGUCGGUGACGCAGGAAAAAGCUUCCUGGGUUUUAAUGGGGAACUGGAGGGACGACAUGCAGCCUCAAAGACUGAAUGCUUCAGACUCGAUAGAAAUGCAGCCCCCGCAAGAAGAGCCCCACCACGAAGAGAUGGAAUUAGCUGUGCCUCCAGAUGGAGUCAUACCUCUCAACAUCGACAUCAUGAAUCAAACUGACGUACUCAGCAUUUAUGCCUCUUUUGACGACAGCCACAACUAUCUACAUCUCUACAAAAGCUACAUAUCCCCCAGCGACAGUUACCUGCAGAUUCAGAAGCCUUCCAGCUCUCUCGAGGUUGGGUCUCCUUUCAUCCUGCAUGUUGACAGUAAUUUUCCAAAGAUGGACAUUCACUUUGUGGUGACAUCCAAAGGUCAGGUGGUUCUGGCUGGGAAAAGCUCUGGGGAUCUGACUCUGGUCCCAGAUGCCUCCUGGGCUCCUGUGGCCUGUAUCGUCAUCUACUGCGUUAAUCCCAGCGGAGAAAUCAUUAACGAUGUGAUUCAGCUCCCCGUCAAACAGUUCUUACAAAACCAGGUUUCUCUGAACUGGAGCAGCCCGGUGUUGAGUCCAGCUGACGACGUAACGCUGAGGGUCACGGCGGCUGAUCCCUUCUCUCUGGUCGGGAUUCUGGUGGUUGACAAAGCGGCGCGAUUGGGAGGAUCACCCAACGAUAUAACGGAGGAGAGAGUGCUGAAAGAGAUGGAGGAGUUCAACAAUUCUCCAUCUGAUGAGUACCCGAUGAUGAUGGAAAUGGGAGAUCCAAACUCAAUCUUCGAGACAUGUGAUCUUGUGGCGUUGACUGAUGCCAAGCUACCUCCAACCAAAUAUCUGCAAGAUGAGUUUCCAGGGGAGAUUAUGUUUCAGUUGGACAAGCCAUAUGGGCAACAGCCAGAACCACACGAACGCCAGAACUUUCCAGAGACCUGGGUCUGGAUGGACGUUGACACUGGCGAUUCGAGCACAGCUGAGGUUUCUCUGACCGUCCCGGACAGCAUCACCAGCUGGGUUGCUUCAGCCUUCGUCAUGUCCGACAGACUCGGUCUGGGGGUCGUGCAGCAGCCAGCAGUGCUCACAGUUUUCCAGGAUUUCUUCUUGUCCCUGAACCUCCCGGCCUGCAUCGUCCGAGGAGAGGAGCUGGUUCUGGAGAUUGUUCUGUAUAACUAUCUCCAGGAGAACCUGGAGGUAACCGUGAUUGUGGCGUGGAGCGACACCUUCGAGUUCGUCUUCCCAGAAAACGAGGGGCUGGCCAUGCCCGGCGUCCGCCGGGUGUCCGUGGAGGCCGAGAGCGGGGCGACGGUCCUCGUCCCCGUCAGGCCGCUGGUCCUCGGAGAGAUGCUCCUGUCUGUGAAGGCCACGUCGUCCGCGGCGUCGGACCUCGUCCGCAGGACGGUGCUGGUCAAGGCCGAAGGACUCGAACAGUCGUUCUCCGCCUCGCUGCUGCUCGAGCUCUCCUUGUCCGAGACGAGCCUCUCCAGAGACGUCCACUUCUCCUUCCCUCCGGAUGUUGUGGAGGGCAGCGAGAGGGUUACAGUGACAGCCGUCGGUGACAUCCUGGGUCCGUCCAUCAACGGUCUGGACUCCCUGAUCCAGCUGCCGUACGGCUGCGGAGAGCAGAACAUGAUCAACUUCGCUCCAAACAUCUACGUCCUGCAGUAUCUGAGCGCCACCGGCCAGGACAACCCGGACAUCAGGGAGCGAGCGGAGGGAUUCAUGCUCAAGGGUUACGAGCGGGAGCUCUCCUUUCAGAGGCUGGACGGCUCCUUCAGCGCCUUCGGAGAGAGCGACGCCUCUGGAAGCACCUGGCUGUCGGCCUUCGUGCUGAGGUGUUUCCUGCAGGCGCGGCCCUUCAUCGGCAUCGACGACCACGUGCUGCGGAGCACGGCCGCCUGGAUCGUGGCGCAGCGCGGCGCCGACGGGAGGUUCGAGGAGCCCGGCCGGGUCAUCCACACCGAGCUGCAGGGAGGCCUGGACGGGCCCGUGUCUCUCACCGCCUACGUCCUCAUCGCCCUGUUGGAGGACGCAGACAUCCGGGCUCAGUAUUCGAGCCACAUCUCUGCGGCUCUCACCUUCCUGGAGCUGCGCCUCGCUCUGGGCAUCCCCUCCAACUACAGCCUGGGCCUGGUGGCCUACGCCCUGGCCCGGGCGGGAAGCCCCAGCGCCGUGAUCGCACUCAGCAAUCUGACUGGACGCGCUGAGAUGACGGACGGCGUGCCGAUGUGGCCGUCGGGGGACGCCGGCCUGUCGGCGUCGUGGCAGCCCCGCUCUGCAGAGAUCGAGCUGGCGUCCUACGUGCUGCUAACGCAGCAUCAGCUGGGCUACGUGGCCGAAGGUCUGGCGCUCAUGAAGUGGCUGAGCCGGCAGAGGAACCACAGGGGGGGAUUUGGAACCACUCAGGACACGAUCACGGCGCUGCAGGCUCUGUCCACCUUCGCAGUCCUGGGAGGAUCCGGCGAGUUGGACGUGACCAUCGGGGUGAGGGACGGCGCUUCAGCCGAAGCGGCCUCCUUCCACAUCCACCAGGAGAACUACCUGCUCCACCAGAGCCAGCAGAUUGAGCCAGAAGACGAGCUGAACCUCCAGGUGACGGCAGAAGGCCGCGGACUCGCCUUGUUUCAGCUGAACGUCUUUUACAACAUCAGAAACGAUGCGCCGGCGAAGAGGAGGAGGAGGAGGAGAGACGUCGUCGAUCACGAGGCGUUUAAUGUUCUGCUGGACCUGGAAGACCUGGAAGAUCACAACGAGGUGCUGCUGCACGCCUGCACCAGUCUGUCUGAGGACGCGGGUCUGAACGUGACGGGGAUGGCCAUCAUGGAGGUGGGUCUGCUCAGCGGCUUCGGCCUGUCGCCGGCCGGACUGCAGACCAGCGACGUGGUGAAGAAGGUGGAGACGGCGGCGGGGAAAGUGGUGCUGUACCUGGACUCGGUGGAAGCCAUCGAGGAGGUGUGUGUGACGAUUCCUCAGGUGAUGGAGUUCAAAGUGGCAAAAGUCCAGGAUGCAAAUGUUGUGGUCUACGACUAUUAUGAACCACGGCGGAGGACCUCCAGCCCGUAUCGGUCCGACCGGCUGCGUGAGACGCCCACCUGCUCGCUGUGCGGCGACGACUGCAGCCGCUGUCAAGGGAACGACGACGUGCAGCUGAACGCCGCGGCGCCCGGCGGCCUUCACCUCCUGCUGCCCCUCCUCCUCCUCCUCCUCUUCGUCUUCAGCCUCUAGGUUCUGUCUGUCAGGCGAGGCUCGGCCUCGCCGGCGUCAGUCGGCAGCUUCAUGAGGAAUGUACACUGUUUUCUUACAACCUAAUCCGUGUGAGUGGAAACUGUCAAAUGAGAAUAAAACUAAAUCAUUUCCUGUUUUUGAUGGUUUCUUCUGUCUAUUUUCCAUUCUGGGGGUCGUAUAGAGACUUGACUCUAAUCCAUGGUUAUCAGUCACAUGGCUUUGAUGUAAAAUGAACCGGGUCUACUAGAUAGUCCACUCAUGAGGACCAAC